AGCGUGGUAUCUGCAUGUUGUCAUUCAUGGGUGGAACCAUAGAUCCGUGUCUGAAAUCCCUGUUUGAGGCGCGUUUUAUUGUUCGUGCAUUUAAGGGAAAAUAAUCCGUAUCAAAUUUUAGACAUGUCGUACAUCCCGGGACAACCUGUCACUGCUGUCGUGCAACGGAUUGAGAUUCGUAAACUACGCGAUGGGGAUAAUUUAAUAUUGGGAUUUAGCAUCGGAGGAGGAAUUGAUCAAGAUCCAAGUCAGAAUCCAUUCUCACAGGACAAAACAGAUAAGGGCAUUUAUGUGACAAGGGUAUCAAAAGGAGGACCAGCAGAAGUUGCUGGUCUCAUGAUGGGAGAUAAAAUAAUGCAGGUGAAUGGCUGGGAUAUGACCAUGGUGACCCAUGACCAAGCACGGAAAAGACUAACAAAAAAGAAUGAAGAUGUCGUUCGGCUACUGGUAACCAGAAAAUCCCUGGAGGAGGCAGUCAGACACUCCAUGAUGAAACACUAAGAAGAACUCUAAAAAAACACAUUAAUGAAUGUCUCAUUUCAAUCAUUCUUACAUAGUAUGUAAUUCUUCAUAUAUACUUCAAUGCAAUCAAUCCAAAGAACAAGAUGUCCUUCCCAUUGAGUAUCUCAUAAAUAAACUGGGUGGUUUUACUGUUUUUUCUGACAGAUUGAGCUUCAGAUUUACACUAACGGCACUAUUUAGUAAUGUUUGUAAUAUGCUGGUGUCAUUUUUUUUGGAACACCUCACUCGUGCAUUCCAUAGGUUUGAUCUCACAGUGCAUUAUUUCCAGUGUUGUAAUGAAAAUGUGCACAUGGGUCUUUUUGCUGACCAUAAUCUGUCUGUCUUUUUUCUUAGAUAACAAGGGCUACAAGUAGGUUUACAAUUAUUUCCUUUAGUUGUAUUUUUCUAUUGAUGAUAAACAAUAACAUAAACUUCUUACUUAUUCCCUGGAACUACUACACUGUCUGGUUUUAUUGUCUUUAUGAGUGACUGUAUAAUUGUUUUCCACUUUGAAUAAAUGAUUAAAUUCUA